AUGGAUGCCGCUCAUCUCGGCACCACAUUGUUAUUGCGGUCUCUUACGUGCUUGGGCUUAGCGGUUUUGGUGUCAGACUUGUCCAGCGUGGAUCUGUCGCUCUCGCUCCGGAGCUUCUGCAAAUUGGAGUUGGUUUUGGUGGCUUUGGAUUUGGGAUCGGUCUCCAUGCUGCUGGUAAUCGAGGGUUCCGCAGCCUCCGUCCUUGACUUUGGAGAGCCGGACAUUUUCAUGCUGACACACUGCCAAGUGGAAGCGCUGCCAUUUGUGCUUGGUCUAAACCGUCUCGGCCCAGUCUCCAUGCUGCUGGUCACUGAUGGCACCCUCCUGGGAUCUUCCUUGCUUUUGCAAAGUGCGUCGUGGCUCGAUCCAGCCAUCCUCGCACUGGAUUUUGCAAAGCCCGGGCCAGCUCCACUUCUGAGGACCCUUGGCCAGCUGGGCUUUUUCUCAGCUGUGUCCGGCUUGGCACGUCCGGAUGCUCCUGUCUUUUCGGCUGACUUCGCUCGUUUAGAAUCUUCGUUGUCCUUGCAUGGGACAUGGCAGCCAGGUGCGGGCAUUCCGCUCAUGGGAGUGCGAGUGGGCGUGCCCCCUCUGGUGCCGGAUUGCGCCUCUCUGGGCCCGCCAACUCCACUGCACAGCCCAGCUUGCAAAGGCUUUGCCAUUUCGCUCCUUGGACCGGUUUGCUUGGGCUUCUUUGUCUCCGUAUCAGACAUGGUGCAAUUCGACAUCGCAAUACUUACAAAAAGCUGCCUGCACUUUGAGGCAUUCCUUCCGUUAGUUGGGAUCACCAGGUUUGGACUUCUGCUGGCUGUUUCAGAUGCAGCGUGCUUGGGUUUUCUACCACUUUUGCGAGGCCCUGCCUGGCUGGGUCCUUCUGUGCUGCCUUUGGCCAAGGGACGGUUUGGGCUGUCGGUACCGGUGCCUGAUUUUCUGCAUCUGGGCUUCUUCACGUCCUCGCGAGCCGUGUCCAGGCUUGGAUCGGGUUUCUCGGUCUUCGCGACCUCACGGUUGGGCUCAGCGGUGUCUGUCAUGGAUCCUGCGCACCCUGAGCCAUUGCCAGCUGUGCAACAGUCUUGUCGCUUGGAUCUAUUGCUGCUGGUGCUCGGUCUCGUUUGCUUUAGCUCUUUCCUGCCUGCUUUGGACUUUACAUCCCCAGGUCCAGAAGUGCCCUCGCUGUCGAGGCCCGGCUUGACGCCCUCGGCUCCGGGGGCAGCAUGCUUUGGAUUAGCCAUGUUGGUGUCAGACUCUCUCCACUUGGACUUGUUUCCACCGCUGCAGGCCGUUGCUUGCACAGAGCUCUCUCCUUCAGGUUUUGGCAGUUGCCGCCUUGACCUGCCACCAUCGGUGUUGGAUUGCACAGGUCUUGGCACGCCUUUGUCUGUACGCAGCGUGUUUCAACUCGGUGCCGCCAUGUUGGCUUGUGCAAGAGCUUCGUGCGGCUCCCCUUUGUUCGUGCCAGACACAGCAAGCUUGGGAUUUGUGCCUUCUCUUCGGGGCUUCGUGUGCCCUGCAUCUCCGCUUUUUGUGCUGGACUCCGUGGACCUAGGUGCUGUCCUGCUGGUGCAGGCGCUUCUCCAGGCAGACUCGGUGGCUUUAGUGUCGAACCCUGCGCACUCUGGGUCUCUUUCGUUGCUGAGGUCUGCUGCCCUAUCUGGCAGCUUGUCGGCAGUGAUGGACUUCCUUCACUUGGAGGUGCUUUCGUCUUUGCAUUCUCCCUCUCACCUUGGCGUGGCAGCGCCUGCGUCAGAGAGCUCAAGCCUCGGACUUCCCCUGUCUCUGCGCAGCAAACUGCAAGCCGGAGUGGCGGUCCCAACCUUUGCCAGCGGCCGAUUGGAUGUCCCGCUGCUGGUGCCGGCAUUUGCGUCCUUGGGAUUGGCAGCCUCGCUCCGGAGUUUUGGCUGCUUCGAUCUCGCUCUGCUUGCUUUGGGUUCUGCCAGCUGUGGGAGUUUCAUGUUUUUGAGGAGUCCAGCAAGGCUCGGUGCCCUGUUGCUUGUAGCUAGGUUGGCCAGAUUAGGCUUUCCGAUGGUGGUGCUCGACUUGACAGGUUCUGGUUUUCCUUCGCCUGUAAGAAGUCCACCAAGGUUUGAGUCACCUUUGGUGACAUUUGGCGUGAGCUGCUUGGAAGCUUCAGCUGCAGCUCCGGACUCUGGCGAGUUCGGCAUGUCAUCGCCGCUGCGAGCAGUUGGUCGAUCAGGGUUCCCGCUGCUGAGUUUUGGCUCCUGUCGCUUGGGUCCACCACCUUUCGUCACGGACCUCCUGCAUCUCGGCGUAGCCGCGGCGGUGUGUGACGCUGUGAAGCUAGCAUCUGCGCAGGUCGAUUCAUCAUCCCCAGUCGCCCAAAUCUGCAAGCUGGGCUUGCCUUUGGCAGCAUCGGAUUCAAUCCAGCCCGGAAGCGUGACAUUUCUCCGAAGCUCUGUGCAUUUGGAAUUGAGCACGUUUGCUUCAGAUUACGUUGGCCCAGGCCUUGCACUAUCACUUCGCAGUCCUGGGUAUCCCGGCAGCACCUUGUCCACCACGAGUUGUGCACGGCCCGGCUCCGCUUCGAUUGUCUCGGAUGCCGCCCGCUCUGGAGUUGCUCCCCUGGCAAGGCAGUUCGCUUGCUUGGGGCUAUGCUUGACUGCUGCUGGCUCGGUCUGUCUUGAGACGUCUCUGCUGGUCUGCAGUUUCGGUGGUCCUGGGCCGCUGCUUUCUGCAAGAGGUUUUGCCUGCUUGGAGCUGUGCCUGCCUGCUUUGGACCUGACGAGCUUCGACCCUGCGCUUCCCUUGCGUGCCUUCGCUAGGAUCGGUUUCUUGGCAGCAGCUCUGGAUUUCUUGCAGCCAGAUGCCUUCUCACUUUUCCAUGCUUCCAGCCAUUUAGGAAGCUUGACAUCCGUGCCGGAUUUUUCCGUUAUGGGCGCCCUACUGCUAUCGCGUAGCUUCGGCUACUCGGAAGUUUUGCUGGCAACGCCGGAUUUGGCGAAUCCUGGCAGUCUCUUGUUUUUGCACGCUUCUGCGUGGCUGGAAAUUUCACUUAUGGCCUCGUCAAUGGCACGUGUCGACUCCAGCCUCUUUGCGCUGGAUUUCCUCCAUCUCGACCCUUUGCCGUCUUCGCAAGCGUAUUCUCGCUCUGGCUUCGUGUCGUCUGUCGCUGGCCGUGCUCGCUUGGGUGUGCCAGUCUUUGCCUUGGGAUUUGUGGGAUUUGAGUCUUUGGUGCUUUUGCGCUCCCCCGCUUGCUUGGAUAGUGUGUUUCCUGUUCUUGAUUUUGCUCAUUUUGGCUCCCCGUCGAUGCUCCGCAGUUCGUCUCGCUGCGAGUCCUUGGUGCUUCCGUCAGAUUUUGCCUGCCUUGACAGCAUGUCACUUGCAAGAUCCUUCGUUCAAGCGGGGUCAUGCCUUUCCUCGUUAGAUUUUGGUUUGGGAGGCAGCUCGCCACCUCUUCGAUCCCUUUCUUGGCUGGGCGCCUUCAUGUCAGCUUCAGACUUCGUCCAUGUAAGCGUGUCGCCGCUGCUCCGUAGUUCCGCUCAGCUUGAAGUUGCCACGGCGGCCUCAGAUCUUCUGCAACCGGGCCUUCCGCUGUCCAUUCGUUCUCCUGCCCGCUCGGGGGCUGCUCCCGUGUCAUUAAGCUCUGAAAGUAUCGGCUCAUCGUCAUCUUUGCAAUCGCCGGCCUGUCUCGGCCUUCCACUUUUGGCCUUCGGCAGUUCUUGCUCGGGUAUCUUCUUGCCCCCUCUAAGCACAGCGACCUUGGGCUUGCCUCCUCUUGUCCAAUCCUUUGUGAGACCCGAAGCUCCGCUUUUCGCAAUGGACUUCGGGAUGUGUGGGAGCUUGUUGUUGCCCCGGGCUUGUGUUUGCGUAGGUCUGGUAUCAUCUGUGGCCGGUGCUUUCUGUAUGGGUCUCCGGUUGCCGAUUUCAGAUGAUGGCUUGCUGGACCCUCUGCUGCUACUCCAGGAUGUGCAGAGGCUAGGGUCAUUGAUUCCGACUUCCGGGCUUUCACGUCCUGAACUAUCCAUCGUCUUGUUGGAUUGUUCGCCCGUUGGGGUGCUGCUGUCUUCAAAAAGCUCUGCUUGUUCGAGUGCUGCCGCGUUUGCUCAUCGACUUGUUCGAGUGGACGCGUUGCUGCUUUUGGCAGACCACUUGUUGCUGGGUUUCAUCCUGACCAUGCGCAGCUCCGGAAGAACAGGUCUUGCGGCCUCAGCCUCGGAUUUUCUGCAUCUCGAAAGCUUGCUGUCACUUCAUGACUGCUCUUGCUUUGAUCUUCCAUCCCCAAUCUACGGAAAGGCUUGUGCAGAACUCCCAGUUUUUAUGCCUGAGAUGUUCCAUGCUGGCAGUGUUAUGCUGGUGCAGGCUUCUGCAUGUCUUGGCUCAGCAUUCUUUCUAAUGGGCAUGACGUGGCCAAGUGCUCUGACUUCCCUGCUCGAUUGUGCCAGCCUGGACGUGCCGACAGCACCUCACAGCCUUGCAAGAGCAGGUUUCACGAUUGCAAUUUUAGAUUGUGCGGGAGCAGAUUCUGCAGUAUCUCCGCGGUGUCUCAACUGUCCAGAAGCUGGCUUGCUGGUGGUUGGUGCUGUACGUAUGGAUCUCGCCUCAACCAUCUUGGACUUUGUUUCGCCUGGCCCACUGGCAUUUCUUCAGAGUUUCUCCCGAUGUGAAACUGCAGCUUCGGCACUAGACCUCUUGCAUCCAGGCCUGACCAUGUCAGUACGGUCGGCAGCACACCUUGGGCCAGUGACGAGUGCUCUGGACUUUGCUUUUUUCGAGUCCCCUGUGCUCCUUCGAUCCCACGCAAGAGUCGAUCCCGUGUCAUCCUUCCGCUUUGGAGCCUUGAUGUUCGCGAUGGAUGCCACGAGUCCUGCUCAAGCUGAUGUGGUCGUGUUCGCCAUGAAGGUGUCAUCUUUUGGACCAGCUUUGUCAGUGCACAGCUUUGUGCAGAUGGAUGUGAGCUUGCUUGCACCAGCCUCUGUGAAAGCAGGACUCUUCACGAUGACACGCAGUUUUGGUCGUGUGGGGCUUGCGGCCUUUGUUUUGGAGUUGUCGCAUCUUGGCCCGGCCUCGCCGUUGAAGUCGUUUGCACGCUCUGAGGCUUCCGCCCUGUCCGUUGGCUUGGCGACUCCGGGUUUCACUUCAGCGGUUCCAGAUUUCUCUCAGCUCGAAGUCGCCAUGCCUGCCCAAAGCUUCUGUCGACCGGAGUCUUCUUCGCUUCUUUCGAGCUUCUCUGGCCUUGGUGCACCCUUGCUCCUGCAUGUCCCAGCACCUGCCGCGGCUCGUGUCCGGCUGGACCUGCCGCUGCCUGCAUCAGAUCUUCUUCACUUGGAGUUGUCUCUUGCUCUUCAGAGCCCUUCCAGCUGUGGUCCUGUGCUGCCAGUUCCGAGUCCUGCCCAGACGGAUGCUUUGCUACUGUUGCAGGCAGCUUUGUGCAUGGACUUCAUGCUUCUGAUUCUUCGCACGACAUGCUUGGGGGCUUCCCUGUCAGUGCUGGACUCUGCUCACCUUGGGGUUGCGACGCUUGCGCAGUCCGUGGGUCAACUUGAAGUCCUGACAUCAGCCCUCGGAACCUCGCGACUCGGAGCAAGCAUCUCCACAUUGGAUGCUGCGCUUCUGGGGCUCUUGCCGUUCGUGCAGUGCGCUUGCAGGCUCGAAUCUUACAGCCGCAUGGAGCCUGUGCUGACGGCUCCAGGGAGUCUUGCUGACCUCUGGUGGCCAAGCCCGCGCUCCCCUGCCUGCGUGCGAUAUCAUGCUCGUCGGGUCGGCAUCGUCAACACGCAGCGCUUCCAAACUCGGCAGGAGUCUCACCGCCGUCGAGAAACCUGGCUCAUCCAGGCCUGUUGCCUCUGGUGUCUGGCUCCGGUCACACCGGACCAUCGCUUGCCUUGCAACGACAUGCCAAACCGGGUUUCCUUUCGUCGGCGCCUUCAAGAGCAAGCUUGGACGUGUCAGUGGCUGCGUUGGGUUACGCGAACCUCGGAAGUGUUCCGCCUGCUCGGAGCCUUGUCCAAGCCGAUUCCUCGCCUUUUGCUCUCAGCUCGGCCCACCUCGGAGCUUUGCUAUCCACACACAGCUUCAGUCGAGCUGGGCCGGCAUCCCUGGUUCGAGGCUUCGCGUUCUCCGGGCCACUUCCGCUGCUUCCAGAUCUGGCUUCUGCUGGAGCGUCCUUGUCGCCACAGAGUUUUUCGCGUUCAGGGCCCCAGCUUGCUGAUGCAAAGUUUGACUUGCUCAGAUGUGCCCCUGUUGCCCAUGGGACUGUUGCCUCCUUUGCGGAGCCUUGCGUGGACCGGUGCAGCUUUGUUGCUUGUAGACUGCGCCGUUCCCGGGUUCUCAAUGCUGUUGCGAAGCUUCUCUUGGGCCGAUGCUUCCUCGGCCUUGCUUGGACGGAGUUGUUUGGAGGCAUCUCUGGCAGCUCUGGAUCUCCUUCACUCAGGCUUCGCUUCUUUCUUGCGAGAACCUGCGCGUACAGAUUCGGUGAUGUCUGCCUUGGGAAUGGCCUGGUCAGGUGCUUUGGUGUUCCUGCCGGAGCUGCUGAACUGUGGCGCUGUGGUGCCGCUUCAGAGCCCUUCGCGGCUGGACGCCAUGUUUCUGCUGUCUGGCGUCGCAAAAGCCGGUCCACCACUGCUUCCUCCGGACGCUGCUUCCGUGGGCGCAGUGUUGUCGCUUCGAAGUUUUUCCAGGGCCGGCACCGCAGUGCUUCUGUCAGACCUCGUUGCUUUCGAGCCUUCUUCGUUGCCUCGAAACCCCUAUCAUCCUGAGUCCAUGGUGCCGGUGAUGGGAUUGAUGCGCUCGGGUCCAGUCUUUUUGGCAUCAGGACUCUGUGAUCUGGAAAGCUUGCUGCUGCUACAUAGCUGUGCUCGUUUGGAUUUAAGCGCGCCUCCGCCGGAUCACGCGAACUUCGGCUUGCCGACUCCUGUGCACACAACAUGCCGUUCGGAGUUGCUGAUGCUAGCAUGUGGUGCCGUGCGUCCAGAGCCUACAACUCUGCUCCUGGACAGCAUGGAGUCGGAUGUGGUCGUGUCGAUUCAGAGCCUUUGCCAAGCGGAUGCGGGGUCAUUGGCGUUGGACUUCGUAGAUGUGGAAGCGUUUGCGGUUCCGAGGAGCUUCUGCCGUUUCGGCUUUGCCACGUCUGUUCUCGACCUGGCCCUGGUGGGAAGCAUCUUGCCAUCGCAGCCGAUGCUUCAUUCCCACUCCUUGAUGCAGCACAAGCUGAGGAUUCUGCCCGUUCUGGAUCCUGCUUGCUUGCAAUUGGUUUGGCCUGGAUGGGCAGCUUGCUUUCUGUCUUCGAUGGUGGAAGUUUGGGAGCGGAGGGGUUUGUCUGUGGCACAGUUUCUCGACUUCGGUUCUGUCUGCAUGGGUGCCCUGCUGCUAACUUACGGGGUUGCGGAGAUCCGCAGUGAUGCUGCAAUCCAGGAUACGGUCCCAGUCAAGGGUGUAAUGAUCAUUGACUUCAUGCCGCCUGCAUCAGGUGCAGUUUGGCCUGGUCCUCUGACAUCCUUGCCUGGCCUUUUCGAUGCAGAGUUAUCGUCGACGGCACGUGCGCUCUCGCAUUUGGAUUUGUUCGUGCCUGUGGUGGGGCUAACAUGCCUUGGCUUUUCUACUGCUUUGCUCGAUUUGGGCCUUCUCGGCGUUCCGGUGCUUAUGCAAAAGCUCUGCUGGACAGGAAGUUUUCCACCCAUUCCGAGUGGAACACGACCGGAUGUGGCUUUCCUUGUUUUGGACUUUGUGCACUUGGAAGCUUCCCCGUUCCCGCGUCAUCUCGCACACUCAGGCCUCGCUUCCCUGCUUUUUGGAAAGGGUGCUUUGGGAACUGCAUUGUCUGUCCCGGGCAGUAGCAGCACUGGCCUUUCGUCCUUGCUGCGGUCUUUCGUGCAACUUGAACUGGUUCCUCCUUUGCUUGACUCUGCAAUGGCUGACUUGCCAUCAGUUCUUCAUGGUUUCAGUUGUACUGGAAGUACCUUCUCGAUCUUUGGAUGUGCCCGGUGCGAGUUUUUCCUGUUGACUUUGGACAUGUGCGAAGUUGAGUCAGCAGCUGCCGUGCGAUCACUCGUUGGUCUAAGCUUUACGUCUUUUUUGUUCGGGCUUUCUCGCACGGAGUUUCCUGUGCCGACUGCCGACCUCUUGCACCCGGUCCAUCUCCUCCUGCACACAGUCCCGUCCGUUCAGAUUGGGUGUGCUUACGACUCUGCUGAGCUGGAUCUCCACGGGUGCGGCCCAGCCAUCUCACUGCUGGAUUUUGCCAUGCUGGGCCUUGCGGCAUCCGUUCGCAGCUUCACACAUCUUGCUCUUCCAGCAUCUGGCAAGUCCCGUUUUGACCCGGCACUGUUUCUGCCCGACCCACUGCAUCCUGAGAGCUCAUUCUCUUUGCGAGCUUUUGCAUGGCCGGCACUUUCGAUGUUGACUCUGGAUUUCGCGGAACUAGGGCUCUCGGUGCUGGCCAGAGCUUUCACUUGCGCGGGUUUGAAAAUGUCAUGUCUUGGCCGAGUGCGUGUGGAACGUUCCAUUCUUCUCGUGGGUAGCAUGCUUGUCGGCUCCACCACGUCUGUGCGAAGCUUCAGCAGAGCUGAACUGGUGACGCCGUUACUGGAACUUAUUUCCGUGGAGUCUUUCGUGCUACUGCAGCAACCGGCGUGUUUUGCAUUUCCUAUGUUCGUUCUUGGUGGGCUCCAGCCAGAUGUUUUCUUGCCUUUGCUUGAUUAUUCCUUCGUGGACUCCUCCUUCUCGGCACGCAACACGGCAUGGACUGAUGCUUCUUUUUUGGUUUCUGGCAUGUGCCGGUUGGGAGCUCCGACGCUGGUGACCGAUUUCGUCGAAGCCGGACCUCCAGUCCUUAUGCGUCACUCUACAAGGGCUGACUCAUCCUUCUUUGUUGUGCGGAUGGCUCAGCCUGAGCUGGCUCUGUUGCUUUCGGACUUUAUGAGUGCCGGCUUUUCCGCCCCAUCCCGGUCAUGGGCUCGGACUGGUCUGGCCAUGCCUCCGCUGGAUCUCAUGAAUGCAGGUCCUUCAGUAUCCCUGCACACAUUCUUGCAAGUUGGCAGCUCGACACUUCCUUCAGGAAUCCUCCGUGGCGACACCUCUAUGCCGACUGUUGAUUUCGCUGACUUUGGGCCGUUCCUGAGUAUGAGGAGCUCCUCGAGAGCGGAGCCACCAACCCCCGUCAUCCGUGCUUUCCGCUCGGGCUUGUGUCUGUUCGUGGUGGAUCUUACGACGAUCGGGUCGAUGCUUUCGGCGAGGCAAUGUGGGCGCCCAGGAUCUUCACCUUUGGCCGCGGGGGUUUUGCGAGUUGGGCAGCAGUUCGAGACGGGGAGCUGCCUCUCAAUCCGAGGCUUCGCCCGAACCGGUCCAUCGUCGCUUAUUUUCUACUGUGCGCGAACUGAAUCUUGCCUUUUUGCCCUGGACUUUUUGCAUUCAGACCUCAUGAUUUCAGUCCGGUCAUUCGGGUGUCUGGGAUUGGCUCUGCUUGUCUUUGACUUUCUUCACCCCGACAGUCUACUUUCGUUGAGGAACUUUGCGUGGACAGAGGGUCACUUGCUUCUGCUGGACUCGGCAAAGCUCGAGAGUUCUGUGUCGAUGCAUAGCCCCUCCUGGCUUGGUCCAUUCUUGCUUGUCUGCGGAACGGCUAGAUUCGAUCUGACCUUCUUGGUUUCGAGCUUUGUCGAACCGGAAGCACCUAUGUUGCCACACGGCCUGGCAUACGUGUCGGCCACGACCUCAGCUUCAGGACUUGGUCAUUUCGGUGUGGCCUCACUUCCCCGUAGCUACAGCCAGUUGGGGACAGCCCUGCCAUCAUUUGGCGAUACCUGCUGCGGAUCCUUACCUUCGGUUGCAAACUUCUCUGGCUUUGGCCCAUCCUUGGUGAUCAGGAUUUUUUUGAGGCUGGGCUUGAUCACGGCAGUUCCUGGUACGAGUCGCCCGGAGUCCUCGACAUCGGUUUUGGACCCUUUGCACUCGGACAUGCUGCUGCUUCCACAUAGUCUCAUGCAAUUGGACAUGACGGCGCUUGCCCCCAAGGCAUCGGAAGCAGGUGUAUCGCUACCUUUGAGAAGAUUCGUUUGUAUGGACAGCCCCUUGCUUCUCAUAGGUGUUGCGAGCACCGAAUCUGCACCAUCAGCGUUGGAUGUUCUGGACUUGGGCUCUUCUUCAGUAAUUCGGAGGCCUGCCAGGCUUGAGCUGAUCUCGUCCGUGUGUGCUUUAGCACGGUUCGAAGUUUUCGCAGCAGCUCCUGAUCCUUUGCAUUUAGGCCCGUCACCACUUUUGCAGUCAUGUGCUUGCCCGGGCCCGCCUCUGUCCGCCUUGGCCAUGGCCCACACGGACAGCUUGUCGCCGCUGCAAAAGUACAGUUGUCUUGGCACCUCCGUGCUCGUUUUUGGGCUUGCCAGGCUCGGCCUAGCGUUGCUGGCAUUGAGUUUCUCGAUCUCAGAGUCGUUGAUGUUCUUGCAAACUUCCACUUGCUCGGCUGUGUUGCUGUCUUUGUUUGGCCUGGGUCGGACUGGCUCACUUCUUCUUGCCGUAGGUUGCGUCGAGACGGGCAGUCCGCUACUUCUUCGCGCGGCGUUGAGACUUGGAGCAUCGACCUCUUCCAUCGGCACAUGCAAUUUUGGAGGUGCGAUGCCCACAUUGGACUACACCACCUUGGGAAGCUUGUUGCCCAUGCGCAAUUACGGUUGUUUUGGCAGCAUGCUACCGACCUCUGGGGCAUGCCACUUGGAGUCGCCGUUCGCUGUGCUGGACUUAGCUGCUCUCGGCUUCCUGCUUCUUGGCUGCAUUGCUACAUUUCAUGUGCGCCCGACCUCGUCAUGCCCUUCCCAGGUUCUGCCAGCUACCAUGUUUUUUUUGGACCCUUGCCAUGUCCCAUUACCUCCAAAUCUCCAAAGGUUGAAUGUCCGUGCUUCGGCUUAG